CCAACCCCGACAGCAAAGUGUGCUUAUGCUUGGGAAAGGGAAAGGGAAAGAGAAAUGGUGUAAAUCUGUCCGGGUGAAGGUUCCAUUCAUUGUGUGGCAUAAAAGCCAAAGCCAAGAAGCUACGUAGAAGCCCCAUUUUUCUUUUACUCCAGGAGGUUUCAGGCUUCCAGCUCAUAGCCUCAUACAUUUAACUUAGCCCCGAGAAUCUUUGAUACCUCUGCAUUUUGCUAUUCGCAAUCCUUUCUGUCCCCACCUGCAGAACCUUUGUACCUGUAAAGUUAUGUGAAUCAACUCCAACCCAUAUCGUCCUUCAUCACUCUAGUUUUCUGAUUUCUCUGCUCCAAAAAGGUGUAGAAAUCCAAAUGUUGUUAGAGGAGCUGGGGAUGUGCCAGUGAAUGUGAAAUUGGGCUAAUGAAGGAGAAGAAUGGUCUUAUUUCUACUCUGGGUCUAAUCAAGAAUACCCCUUUUGCUUGUUCCACGUUUUUUGAUGGUCCAAGUUGAAGUAUUCUUCUUAAAGAUUGGAUCUUGGAGCAGGGUCAACUGUCAGUCCUCAGUCAUGUUGCAAUACUAAAUUAGGGCUCCGAAGCUCAUGGAGUAAAAAUUUUAGUUACAAACUUUGCGUGCUACUAAAUGUGAAGGUGUAUAAAAGAUUCACAGUGCAACUCCUGGUUGGUCAUACCAUCCUGGCUUUGUUUUUAGGUGGAAGUUUUGAUUUUUGGGGGCAUGAGUUGUCAGUGUUGCUUGUACUGACAUUGUGGAGUUGUAGAGAUUGGUUUAAGUAAGGGUGAGGUUUAGUUGAGGGUGUGAAGUUUGUGAUAAGAGUCAUUUGUGAAGAUGUCUGAAUCCAAGUCAUCUGAAACGCCAGAAAAUUCUAUGGAACUUCGAUCAUUGGCAUUGACACCAACAUGGUCUGUUGCUACUGUAUUAACUGUAUUUGUCGUAGUUUCACUGCUCGUGGAGCGAUCCAUACACCGAUUGUGCAAUUGGCUGAAGAAAACUGAUAGAAAACCUUUGCUUGCAGCUGUGGAGAAAAUGAAAGAAGAGUUAAUGCUACUUGGCUUCAUUUCUCUCCUACUUACGGCCACCUCAAGCAUUAUAUCCAAUAUUUGCAUCCCAUCGAAGUUUUAUGAUGGUGUAUUUGCUCCUUGCAAAAAGUCCGAAAUUGAAGAAGAAAAUGAAAAUGAAGAUUUCAAGGAGCGAAAACUUUUGAUGGACCUUGUUUUCGAUCAUCCAUUAAGAAGAAUGCUUAAUAGCUUGAACAAAAAUACCUGUCCAGAGAGUCAUGAGCCAUUUGUAUCAUAUGAAGGCCUAGAGCAGCUCCACCGUUUCAUCUUUGUCAUGGCCAUUACUCAUAUAUCUUACAGCUGCUUAACAAUGCUACUGGCGAUUGUCAAGAUUCACACUUGGAGGGUUUGGGAGGAUGAAGCUCACAUGGACCGACAUGGAGCAUUAACUGAUAGGACAAGAGCAAUGACAAUGCGAAGGCAGUCAACUUUUGUUAGAGUCCAUACAUCAAAUCCUAUGUCUAGAAAUAGUGUUCUCAUUUGGGUGACAUGUUUCUUCAGGCAAUUUGGGCGUUCAGUUGUUCGUGCGGAUUACCUUUCACUACGGAAGGGUUUUAUUAUGAACCACAACCUUACAUCAAAAUAUGAUUUUCAUAGCUAUAUGAUUCGAUCCAUGGAAGAAGAGUUCCAAAGAAUAGUCGGUGUCAGUGCACCACUCUGGGGAUUCGUGGUUGCUUUUAUGAUGUUUAAUGUCAAAGGGUCGAAUCUUUAUUUCUGGAUUGCACUAUUUCCUAUCACUCUUGUUCUACUGGUAGGCACAAAACUGCAACACGUGAUAGCAACAUUGGCAUUGGAGAGUGCUGGAAUAACUGGCUAUUUCCAGGGAGCAAAGCUAAAACCGAGGGAUGAACUUUUUUGGUUUAAGAAGCCAGAACUACUGCUAUCCCUGAUUCACUUUGUCCUCUUCCAGAAUGCGUUUGAGCUAGCUUCGUUCUUCUGGUUCUGGUGGCAGUUUGGCUACAAUUCUUGCUUUAUAUUCAACCACACACUAGUGUAUCUACGGCUAAUAUUAGGGUUUGCGGGGCAGUUUCUAUGCAGCUAUAGCACCUUACCACUCUAUGCACUGGUUACUCAGAUGGGAACGAACUAUAAGGCGGCCCUUAUCCCACAGAGAAUAAGAGAAACUAUGCACGGUUGGGGGAAGGCAGCGAGGAGGAAGAGAAGGCAUCAUCAUCGCAGCAUGUAUGAUGAUUCGACAACUGUGCACACUGAUGCAAGCACGGUGUUGUCUGUUGAGGAAGACGAUGAUCACGGGUCGCUUGAUAGCCCUCGAAAGAGCUAUGGCCCGAAUGCAGGGAUUGAGUUGCAGCCUCCCAGUAUUGUCACAGAAGGUGCUUGCAUGAACGUUAACGAGGCCUCAAGUCGUGCUGUUACACCUCUCAUUCGACCGUGUGCUUCUAUCUCUUUCACUGAUCCACCGAGGUUCCUUACAGAAGUAAUUUCGAGAUCCUCUUCAAUGCCUAUAAGAAGAGAUCUGGAAAAAGAUUGAAUGCGACGAGAAAGAGAUGGAAACUGGAAUGAUUCCCACUAAUACUUUGAUAGAUUGUAUGUAUGGUGUUGAAAAGAGAAACCUACUAAUGUACAAGAGUAGCUCAUAGGUACAACAUUUCUGCCUCCUACUCAUACAUAUACUUCUAAUAUUUUUGUUCAAGGAAUAUAGCAUUUAUUAGAAGCA